AGACAGAUGUUUUCAUUUGUAUUUUUUUCAGCGGAGUAUUGAACUUGAGUAGUUGUAAUGUGACUGGAUUGAAGGCCUUUGAUCUGAAAGUCAAUUUUAUUGUUUUUGGCAUGCUACCUACCGACCUCAAUUUCUACUUGAAAAGCUUUGAAAUAGAUACUGAUUAUGUUAUGAACAUGCCCUUAUUUAAUAUGAAAUGGUUGGCGUUAUUCGGACUAGGAAAUUUCCAUUUAUCUUUAUCUGAUUUGAGUAUGAACGCUUCAGUUUCCAUCGAUCUACAAAAUCCACUCAACAAACUGAAGAUAAACUUAGGUGGUGCGCAGUUGGGCAUUACGGGGUUCCUAGACGAUCCAGAUUACAAUAAUGAACUUUCUGAAGAACUUUCAGAAAGCAUUCCACUGAUAGUCAACAGUGAGGGAUUUUCUUCUCUAGUUGAGAAGACUUUAAAUGGUAUUGUUGCAAGCAUAUUCAAAAAGAAAAAUGAUACUACGGUGUCCGUUCCAGAGAUUGACAGUGCUGCUGAGAGAGGACUAUUUGUCGUCGACAUACUGAAUGCCUUAAGAAUAUGGGUAGAAGAUUCAUUUGAAUAUGCAAACACACAGGAAACAUAGAAAACAAUUUCCCUCUUUGAUUGUUAUUAAUAAUACUGGGUAACUAUAGAGAAAUGUUUCAAUCAAAAUCAAAUAAAUAAUUACUCAAGUUUUGAAUGUC